AUGUUGAUGCCAAAAGGCGGAGUUAAUUGGAAGGCUACCCAGGCCCGGCUACCACCAUGGAGGGCUGUCCUUGUCCUGUUAACCCGGACUCGGUUUUUGGUCUCCGUGGCCGUGACUGGCCUGGUUAUUUUGUUGUGGCGUGGCGUCAGCAGAUCUGCCUCUGAGAUGCAAAAUUUCUACUGCUAUGGCUCAAACAAGUCGCCGAUGGAGAUGUCCCUUAACGAGAUGGUCGCGUGGAACGCCCACGCCCAGACCCCUGUCCUUUUCAACCACCACGAACCCUACGAAGUCAACAACACCUCUAUCGCCGAAGUUGAUUUGAACCCAAUCUACUCAUCCAGCCAGGCCGUUGCUAAUCGUGAGCGCGUGCUUAUCCUGACCCCUCUCCGUGACGCCGCCCCCUACCUUGCGAAAUACUUCGACCUUCUAUAUAAGUUGACAUAUCCCCACGAACUGAUCGAUCUGGCUUUCUUGGUCGGAGACACCAAGGAUGACACACUGGCUACUCUCGCAUCCGAGCUCGACCGUAUCCAGAACCACGCCGACGAAAAAGUUCGUUUCCGCAGCGCGACCGUUGUCCGCAAGGAUUUUGGCGCCGAUGUUGAAAUGAGUGUGGAGGAGCGCCACGGAUUUGCUGCUCAGGGUCCUCGCCGAAAGGCCAUCGCUCGUGCACGUAACUACCUGUUGUACUCGGCGCUUAAACCAGAUCACUCAUGGGUUUACUGGCGUGACGUUGACAUUUGGGACUGCCCCGAGCGUAUUCUGGAGGACUUCAUGGCCCAUGACAAGGACAUUCUUGUUCCAAAUAUCUGGUUCCAUCGCUACCAGGAUGGCCAUGACAUCGAGGGUCGCUUCGACUAUAACUCUUGGAUCGAAUCAGACAAGGCCAUGCGUUUGAAGAAGAACCUGGACCCGGAUACCGUUUUGGCUGAGGGAUAUAAGGAGUACGAUACCGGCCGCACAUACCUGGUCAGCAUGGGUGACUGGCGGAAGAACAAGGACGAGGAAAUUGAGCUCGAUGGAAUUGGUGGUGUCAACAUCCUGGUUAAGGCUGAUGUUCACCGAUCCGGCAUCAAUUUCCCCUCAUACGCUUUCGAGAACCAGGCCGAAACCGAAGGCUUUGCUAAGAUGGCCAAGCGCGCCGGUUACAAGGUCGUCGGUCUGCCCAACUACGUCGUCUGGCACAUCGACACAGACGAGAAGCCCGGCAACCUGGGAGGUCGCAAGGCCUACUAA